AUGAGUGCAUCAGGUUUCCCAGUCGCUAAACCGCUGCCCUCUGUGUGGACGGAAGAACCCCACGUACUGGAUGACUACAGAUCAGCAGAGACGUUAUCGGGAGAAUUUGAUAUCGCCAUCAUCGGUUCGGGGUUCUCUGGCGUCUCCACGGCAUACCACAUUCUGAAAAUCAGCAGCACUGCACCUGCAGUGGUGCUGCUCGAGGCACGUUCCCACUGCUCGGGUGCUACUGGAAGGAAUGGAGGUCAUAUUAAACCCGACACCUACUAUAGCACGACAAAGUAUGAAAGGAUCUACGGUUCCGAGCAAGCAUCGAAGUUACAAAAGUUCGAGAGCUCCCAAGUCCUGGCUGUGAAGGAGUUGGUAGAGUCUGAGGGCCUGGAUUGUGACUUUCAUGUGACACGAGCUGUCGAUGUGUACAUGGAUCCUGACCACGCCCGUCAGACUUACGCUGCAUAUGUGAAACUCCGAGACAGCGGGUUUUUUGACCUCAAGGACGUCGCAUAUACGGACAGCAGCAGUGCUGAACGGAUAUCGGGAGUUAAAGGAGCCCAGUCUCUUUUCAGCUUCACCGCAGCAUAUCUUUGGCCUAGAAAGAUGGUACUGGGUCUUCUCCAGCGUCUGAUCCAGCAGCACGAUGUAAAGGCCUAUGCACAGACCCCAGUUGCGAAGGUCUCGAAGUCUCGAGAUAGUGCUGGGUUCUGGACGAUUUUCACUUCGCGAGGCAAUCUGCGAGCUCGUAAGAUCGUGUACGCAACUAAUGGCUACACAGCGGCCCUGCUACCGCAGUACAGUCGAAAAAUCGUCCCAGUCCGUGGUGUUUGCAGUCAUAUAACGACACCUAGAGGCCAGAAUUCACCUCACCUACCCAAUACCUACAGCUUGAGAUUUGGAGGCGCUAAUUAUGAUUACUUAGUUCCACGACCGGAUGGGAGUAUCGUUGUUGGCGGCGCGCGUCAAACAUUCCUGCACGAUCGGGACCUAUGGUUUAACACUGUUCGCGAUGAUCAGAGGAUGUCGAUGGCAGCUGACAAGUAUUUCCAAAAUUACAUGCAGCAACACUUCAGAGGCUGGGAAGACAGCAAAGCGACCACCAAACGAGUUUGGACAGGAGUCAUGGGCUAUACUUCUGACUACAUGCCACAUAUCGGAGAAGUGCCGGACAUGCCCGGACAAUACAUCAUUGCUGGAUUUACAGGACGUGGAAUGGCAUACAUAUUGCUAGCCAGCAAAGCCUUGUCACGGAUGAUUGUGGAAGGUAUCGACUAUGAGCAAACAGAGCUGCCUGCCAUGUUUGAAUCCACCAAGGAAAGGCUGUCGUCGUCCGAAAGCGAGCUUGAGAAUGAGUUCUCAGGUGUUUGGAAUUUGAAGGAGAAGGAUCACGCAGGGGAUUUUGUAGCACCAAUUCUGCGAGCCAGACUAUAG